UUACAACUUUAUAGUACAAAUAAUAUUUACAUUUUCUUCAACUUUAUACAUACUUCAUAAACCUUUCAAACUUCAAACCUAUUUCCUCCUUUCCUGUCUAUCUAUUUCCCCUUUGCCUCAUAUUCUGUCUCCUCCUUUCCCCUCACACACACACACUCUUUUUCUCUCUCUCUCUCCUCAAAAAAUGGCUUCCGCCUCCACAUCAACCCCCCGAGAAGCCCACUAUCGCGGCGUACGUAAACGUCCUUGGGGUCGUUACGCCGCCGAAAUCCGCGACCCUUGGAAAAAAACCCGCGUUUGGUUAGGCACAUUCGACACUCCCGAAGAAGCUGCACUCGCAUACGAUGGCGCCGCACGUUCUCUCCGUGGCAUCAAAGCUAAAACUAACUUCCCUCUUUUAUCUCCUCCGCCACCACCUCCACCACCUCCUCCACCGCCGCCACAACCGCUGAUGUCUUCUUCUUCUCUCUCCCUUGACCUUAACCUUCGCCCUACCUCUGCGUUGACUGGGGCUCACCACCAAACUCGCUUUGUUGAGUACUUGCGCAGUAGUAGUAGUACUACUGUUGUUCGAGGGACUGAUGUUGUUGAAGGGUUGGGGUUGGGCUUGGGUGUUAGAACUGAACGUGGUCUCAAAGUUGACUUGAAUGAGCCUCCACCUCUUUGGCAAAUGAGCGACUAACCGCAAUGAUGUAGUCGGGAUUUAAUUUUAGUUGUCGGAUGUAGAUGAGAUUCGAUUUCAAGUCUCGAGUAUUCACUUGCUGUGAAUGUUUCUAAAUGUGGGGUUGGAAUUAUUUUUUAGUGUUAUUGCUAUUUUUAGGGAGUGUUUUACUGAGUAAUUUAAUUUAAUUUGAUUUAAUUUGAUCUAAUCUAAUCUCUCUCCAUUUUUGUUAUCCUACUUAGAGUCUUUAGAUUAAAUAAUUAAUUAACGUUAGAGACUGAAAAAGUGAGGGAGAAUUUGUAAGAUUGUAAUAUUAGAUGUAGUAAUAUAUUCUAAUUUCUUAGUAGUACUAUGUUAUGUAAAUGGAUGGAUUCAUUAUUAAUUGUUUUUAUUCUAA